AUGAGGGAACUGGCAUGGGAAUUUUGCUCCUGUAGAAGGACAGUUGAUGGCAAGAAGGCUCCUGCAUCUGGCAGAAGUGGCUCCCCACCCAUGGGUGGCCCGUUGGACCCCAUUAACUCUGCCAUCUUCAACUUUCAGAGUUUACUUACUGUAAUCUUGCUGCUCAUAUGUACCUGUGCCUAUAUCAGAUCCUUGGCUCCCAGCUUACUGGACAAAAAUAAAACCGGACUUUUGGGAAUAUUCUGGAAAUGCGCCAGGAUUGGUGAACGGAAGAGCCCCUACGUGGCUGUGUGCUGUGUCGUGAUGGCCUUCAGCAUUCUGUUCGUACAGUAG